AUGAUUCCAGACCCUCCAAUCCUCACAGAUGGGAUAGAGCCAGCAUUUGAAGACUGGGUUGUGAAAAUUCGCCUCAAGCUCGAAGCCAACAUUGAUCAUUUUCCAACACAGACUUUACAAAUGACUACAUUCAGAGUCGACUGGGAGGACUGGCAGUUCGACAUGUCAAUCCAAGGCUUCGACCAAAUGUUCUGGGCUGAGUUCCAAAGGCUCACGACAGAGCUUGAUUACUCUGAAGAAACUUUGCUGGAUGACUUGCGCUUCAAAGUCAACCAACAGAUGCAGAAAGCCUUAGUGGCUGAAGUUGGAGCUACUACACUUCACGAGUUUGCAAAGAAAUGCAUGCUCAUCGACCAGAACAUUCAGCGGAUCAAGGAACAAGAAGACAAAAGGAAGCCAAAGUCAUUUUCGAACAACAUGGGCCAAACUCAAAAUCAGGGCCAGGCACUUCGAACUUCAAUCCCUCAACCUACAAUGGAUUCCAACAUGCAAAACAAGACGCAGAAGCUGUAUCGACCACCGCAUCAAGAUCCAGCAAAAGAAAUGCUCAUGAAACUUGGGAAAUGCUUCAUAUGCCGACAAAAUGGACAUCGAGCUCGAGACUGUCCCCAGAAGCUCAAAGCUCAAGUGAAUGAGGUAUCUACAGCUAGUCUAUCAUCGAUUCGGAAAACGAAUAGCCUCUAG